CUAUAACUUUUUAUUGUUGUGCAGUUAUGGCCAAGAAAAAAGGGAAAGCAAUAGGUAAUGGAAAAGCAGCUUUAAUACUGGCUGCUACUCAAGUUCCUCCUCAACCUCCUAGGUUGCCUGAGCGUGUCGAGGAAUGUCAUGAUGAUGAUGAUUACAUUCCUGAUGGGGACAUGAUUGAAGAGUUGGAUGCAAAUGAAGAAAUAAAUGAUGAAGAAAUGAAUGGUGCAGUGCAAAAUCAUGAGGAUACAAUGAAUGAGGAUCAGAUGAAUGAUGAACUUGGAAUUGAUCCAAGACAGAGCAAUGGCCGAGAACCAACCCUUAAAGCCCCUGUUGAUGCAAAUGGAAAAGUGAUUGUUAGGUGCAAAAGAGGAAUGUUUCUUGAUUAUGAGGUCAGUCACAAAGCUGUUGCUAUCAUGCGCCAAUUUUUCAAUGGUCCGUGGUUGUCAUGGAGGGAGGUCCCUACACAUGCUAAAGUUGGAAUGUGGAACAAAUUUGAGGAGAUACACACAAUUCUUCCAGGACAAUUGCAUCAUGUGCAUCAAGUUUGGAACAAGCAUUGUCAGCGACAAUUGACAACCUCAUUAGGGAGGGUCAGAAGCCAAAAGCUUCUGGAAGCAAAAGGAGAUUUAAAUAAAGCCCGUGAUAAACCCCCUAAUUGGAUCUCUAGAGAAAAUUGGAAUAAGCUAAUUGAUAUUUGGAUCUCCCCAAAAUGGAAGAAGAAAUCAGAAGCUAACAAAAAUAAUAGAAACACCAUGAAGAAUGGUAGCAUCUCUAAACACUGUGGAGGAUCAAUCACAUUUGUCAAUUAUGACGAACGAUUGAAAUUAAAGUUACGUAGGGAGCCAACAAUAGUUGAAUCUUUUAAUCGGACUCAUAAGACAAAGCAAGGCAUGGGAGGAUAUGUAGAUAAGAGAAGUGAAGCUGUCAUGGCAAAGUAUUCAGCUGAAUACUCCAAAAAAUAUGGUGAUGCCUCCACCUCAGAUGCUCCUCCACGUGAUUAUGACUUGUGGUUUGAGGCAACUGGUGUCCCAACUCAUGGCCAUGUCUAUGGCUUUAGUCCCCUAGAGGAUCUCACUGGAAUUAUUGGGCAAUCAUCAUCUGCUUCCACCUCUACAGGUCAAGCUCCAGAGCUGUACACUCAUGAAGACCUUCUACGUAUUCUUGAGCAGGAAAAGAAAAAAUGGCAAGAGGAGGUUCUUCAAAAGAUGAGAGAAGAGAUUGGUUUUGGACCAAGGCAUGCAGAUCGGGGGAGUAAUGGUGAUUCUGGUUCUGCUGAUCAUGCUUCAUUAUAAUUGUUUUUGCCUUAGAUGAUAGGUCUUUGCAUUCCUAGGAGGAAUGAAAUCUCUGUUGAUCUUUAUGACAUAUUUUUAGACUUUGAUUUUGAUGGAUUCAGGACAUGUUGAUGCCAAUUUUGAAUGACAUUUAAAAUGACUUUU